AUGUGGGAUACCUCUAUAUGGAGUUAUAUGCAAAAUGAAGGAUUUGAGCAGCUGUUCGAAUGGGCAAAAUGCGGAGAGGGUUUACUGUCAGUGGUGCCGACAGGGCUGUGGGCAGCCGGCUCAGCGUUGCUUUCGCAGCGGUUACUCGCUGCGCUCUUCAGGAGAUUUGUGUUCCGAAGAGUGCCACUAUGGGAACUUAUUUUACAGCAUCUACUUUUCAUAUGGAUGGUGAUAUACAGUCUACAUUUCUGGGCUAUGCUUGUGAGAAUCCUGAAAACAGUUGUAGAGUACUGUUUUGAAGAGGAUUCCAUGAUGUCCGAAGAUUAUGAAGAGAGUCGCAAGAUGAUGCAGCAGUGGAUGAUAUGGAUGUGUGGGGCGGCCCCACUGGCUAUAUACAUACACACCAGACCGCGACCCGAAAUGCCGCCGCUCAUGAUAUGGAUCACAACCAGCCCCUGGCAACGUCGUGAAAUGGGACCGUAUGGGUACUACCUGAACAGGCCCCUCUCUUCACUACAGUCCUCCACGAACAUAACUUUAAGACAGCAAACCCUCACGAUGCGGAGAGCUUUCAGCGACUCCAAAAUUAUCAUCAAAGAACCACCUAAGAAAAAAAGACAUUCCAAAUCUGUAUAA